UUCAAUAAGGCCAACCAACUCCGAUAGGUAAACAGAGGAAGACGGGAAGCCAGAGUACGUCUUCGUGAAGGGAGUGCGUGUGUGGGUCUGAGUGCUGGGUUGUUAUAACCAGCUGUAAACUCUGAAUCGUGUUACUCGUGUAUGAUGAAACUUGGCGUGAAUCUUCUUCUCUCUGUUCUUGCUUUUCUUCUUCCCCAAUUCAGGUUCUUAGCUUAACCACAAAGCUUUGUUUAUCUUCCUCACGUCCGGUGAUUUACCGCGGCAACGGGGCAUUACACGUCCGCUCAGGCCCGCCGCCGCCGCUCGGUUUCGCGUCUGUGGAUGCUGCUCUCAUCCACCGUCAUCGCUCGCGGCCCUCCAGUGCCCCAUCCACGCGCCCUCCGUAUCCCCAGCCGCGAGCCCUUCGCAGCCCCAGCUCCAAACGCACGCCCUCUGCAGCAGCCCAGGCGCGUCCUCCGCCGUCACCAACCGCCGUGCGCAGCAGCCCAGGCGGGCCUCCACAGCCGCCACGCAACCUCAAGCGCCUGAGCCACUGAGCCCACGACUACUGCAGCGCCGUGCCCGACUCCUCCCGACGCGACUGAGCCGCGGGCCGCUGCUCGAUUCCGCGGCCGCCCACCACCGGCGCCACCCGCGGCUAGCUUCCGACCGCGCACCGCCGCCGUCGUUGUUGUCCGCCUUGAGCCCUCUGUUCUGCCACUCCAGCCUCCGCGCCUGGCCGCCACUCACUCCCAAAUCCGGCCGCGCCCGACCCGCCUUCGGUCCAGUAAAAGGCAACGGAGUGAUAUGUCAGAAUGUCAUAGAGAUUAGAGAAUAAAAUUGAAGAAUGAGAUGAGAUGAGAAACUUUUUUGUUAGGUAGCCAGCAGAGUCGAGCUCCUGCCAGACGCAGUGCUUUGGCGCCCAAUAGCUGUUGUGUUGUACCUAGGCAUGCUUUUGUGAAGAAACAAUGUGGUGACAACUUUCUGCUGCAUUAUGUGCAAAGAUCUGUUUUUGGUGUAACACAUGUUUUUUUCUCUUCUUGAAGGAGGUAGUCGCACAAUGAUCUCCUGACAGAACUAAAAAUCUUACUCGCAAAAUGAAAACUCUGGUGAGAUGACGGGUCCCGACGCUGAUCCCUUGACCGAGAAGGGGCCGUCCAAGGGCUCCGCGGCGGAGCGUGCAGCGAACCAACCGUCGAGGAAGAAGAAGGUCGCCUUUCGUCCGGCUCCGAUGGAGGGCGGUUGGGCCCAUGACUACCUUCUCCCGUCUUCGACGAGCCCUGAGGACCUUGUCCAGCUGGAGGAGGCUGGAUUUUUCCCCAAGGGGGAUGGUAUCUUACUUGACGGGGAGGAGUUCAAGCUUGACCACGAGCGGCGUCUAGGGUGCAUCGUGGUGUUUUCGGCUUGGUUCCAUGGCAGCUUGUGUGUACUCGUACACCCCUUCCUGAUGGAGUUCUUGGAGACGUAUGGCAUCGAGCUGGCCCAGCUUCACCCUUCGGCGAUCGUGAAGCUGAACGUGUUCCGCUGGCUGUGCGAGACGGCGCUUCACGAGGAGCCCUCGAUGAAGCUGCUGCUGUUCUAUUUCACCGUGGAGGUGAGGGAGUCGCUUACUCCCGACGGCUUUUCCCUGAGCGCCUUUGGUUCGGUGAACCUGAGGCUUCGUCCCGGCUUUGAAGACGACUUUCUGCUCAUGCCGGGAAGGAGCACGGUGAAGCUGUUUGACAAGUGGGGGUCCCAGUGGUUAUUCCUUCGGGCUUCGAAGACGCGACUUCGACACUCGGGUGAUCUUCCUCGAUACUCGGGGGCUGGAGGCCUCAAGGAGGUGCCUCACCCUGGCGAGCUUCGGUCGACCGACCUUUGGAAGGUGACCAAGAUCAAGGAAGUGUCUGCUGAGAGGAGCUUUCGUGACCUCAUAGAGGAGAUGGUGAUGGCGGGGCAUUUCAUGAUGAGGAGUCGUCCGAGAUCCGAGCUUGGGAUUCCUCAGGCUUUCCAUCCUCCACAAGCCGUCACCACAUCGACGUUUUCCUAGGAGAGGAUGGUGUUGUGGGCUUUGCAGCUGAUAGGUCCGUAUGGCGGGCCGGAGCAUCAUGGCUACGAGACCAAGAUCAGCGGCGGGGGAUGUCACAACAUCAUCGCGAAAUGCUUCGGGAAGAUGGUGCCAAUGCGACAGGAUCUGAAGUUCGGGCGCCACCUUCGAGUGGGUGAUCGCUACUCCUGCUUGGCGACACCGUCGAUGCUGAUGGUAGGGUCCAAGGUGAAGACCGGAACGGCGGUGCUGGGCCCGGCGGUGCCUGUUGCGCCAGUCUCCAAGGUACCUCGUCCGUCGAGCGGAUGCAAGAGGAAGGCUCCUCUGACUCCUUCUCCUUCUUACGACUACGCCCCGACGGAUUCGGCGGAUCCCGUCGUGGGUGAGUCGAGGUCCCCUUUGAGGGUGACCUUGGACCUGCACAUGAAGGGGAAGAUUGGACUUGAGCACAUGCUUCCUCCUUCGAGCCACGAGGUUGAGGCUUUCACUCGCGGGACAGGGCGUCGGCUGCGGAGCGACUCGGUGGCGGAGUUGUCGACCGGUGCCAGCAGUGCGGCGCCCCAGUGUUUUGCAUCGGUCGCGAGCGUCCCGAGGAGGAUGCUCCUACCUCGGGUGCGAGGGUCGCGGCUCCCGAGGUUCCCGAGGGCGAGCCCCCGACUCAAGCGAGGGACGGAGAGCUUCCGAUGACCGAGGACGGGGUGAAAGACCCUCUCGUGACACUGGAGCUGGUGAGGGGUUUGGUCGAGGCCGUGGG